UUCGCGGAGAUUCCCUCCUGUGGACAGGUGAUUUUCAUAACAAAAUUUAGUCAUGUCAAAAAAGAAAGCUGAAGUGAAUGAGGUCACAAAAAGAGGUUGGAGAUGGUCGCACAACAAAUUAAAAACGGGGAAAAAAUGGCGAUAAGCAUUGCAAGACUGUACGUGCCACAAAAUGACCUUAAAAGGUUUUAGUACGACAGUCGAAAUAGGAGCCUUGUACUGAUAAACUGUUCAACUUAUCUAUAGUUAGAAAAUGGUGUUCCAUAGGUGUGGUGCUCUCACGGUUUACCAGCAUACGAGAAUUCGACCGCAUUUUGUGUGCAGAGAUGUGGCAAUUUAAUGUCACCCAAAACCGUAUUAAACCCAUAUCUUUACAUUUAUAGAAAUUUGGGUACACAGUGAACCAUUCCAAACGUUCCCGCCAGAAACAUCACCAUUCAAACUAAAAAAAUGAACGCAUCUUCGUUAACGUCUAGUGAGGGGAAGGAAGGUCACCCAGUCUGCACCAUCUGCCAGGAGGAACGGCGCUACUUGAAGCAGAUUCCAUGCAGGCAUGUGUUCUGUGAAACCUGCCUUCAGCUGCUAAUUAACAGCACAGAGGUAGAAGAAAAAUUCCCAUGUCCCAUGUGUCGAGCUUCAACCUCCGUUCCUGUAGGCGGUGCUUCAGGCUUUGAGACGUACUUCGAACCCACAGCUUCACCAGAGAACAUUAUGGAGACGACUUCACUGAAGCUCAGUGCCAAUAACGAAGCGAAGAUUUGCCGAGAAUGCGAGGAGGAGGUUACGAAGUACAUCUGUGUCCAGUGCAAAAAAGCUGUUUGUACAUCGUGUGCAGAAGACCAUGGAGAGGAUUGUCACACCCUCGUGUUGCUGCGUGGUAGAAACCUCGACCUGGAACGCACGUUGCAGAUGACCAACAGCACGAAAUGCCAGAAACAUGGCAAGCUUGAGAUGCAGUUCUACUGCCAGACGUGCAAGGAACCCAUCUGUGAGCAAUGCAAACUUCUCAGAACUCACCACAGGCAUGCGAUCGAAGACCUUCCGGAGUCCUGCGUCCGAGCUAAGGAAUCUAUACUCACCUCCCAGAAACGAGUAACCAGUGGAAUACGCUUAUUGGAAACUGUACUGAGCGAUGUCGAGCGACGUAGGAGCGAACUCAAGCGCCAAAAGUCGCAGGCAGAAGGUGCGAUCUGCGCUCAAGCCGAAGAGGCUUGCAGACUGGUUCUUGCUCGCAAGACUGAUGCCCUAAACGAGCUGACUGACAUGGUGAACACCAUCGACCAACAGUACGCUCUGGAGUCUGACAGCGUGUGUAGUAAGCUGUCAGGCUUGAGCGCUAUUCACGAUCAUCUAGACAAAGUGUUGCAGGAAGGGACCAGCGUGGACCUGAUCAGAACCUGGGUCAGUGCCGAGAAUGGAGUCAGAAGUGCGAAGUACCUGAAAAAAUUUAUUUCCGAGCUACCUAAGGAUGUGUUUCGAGUGCAGCUUGAGCAAGCAAGUGUUUGGCCCUCUGAAACAGUGCUUAGAUUCAUUGGCUUCCCCAAAGAAGAUACACGAAGAGCGGGAACUGCCAAUUGUUAAUGUCACGCCCUUGUUUUUCUGUGACACCUGCAUACCAGAGGCUGAGGUCUUUUCACUCUGUCCGAUGCGCACGAGCAGUCAGGAAAGAGUCGUGUGGGUGGCUUACAGGGGAAGAAACGAAGUGAAAUUUGUUAGUCUUUUUUCCGAGGACGGCAGAUGCCUCAGCAAAAAAAGCGAACCUGACAAAGUGGGGCUGGUCAACAUUAACGGGCACUGCCGAAGGACAAAGCUAAAAGAAAUAGUAUUUUCCAAGCGGACUUUAAGAGCUUACAUAAAAUGCAAUGUCUUUAAUAAAGAGAUUGUCUUUGACGUGCCAGCAUCUGUGCACCUGCACGAUUUGUACAAACAGAACGGUUUCGUCAUUUUGUGCAAACGCCCUCUCGCGAUGGAUGCCAACGAAGACAAAACCAUCUUUGCGGUGCUGGAUGAUGACUUUCGAGUUUACAUCUUUCGGCGAGGCGAGAGUCUCCCGUUCUCCAGCUACCCGCCGGCAAACAGCAAAAGCGUCGUCGGGUUCAUUGCUGACGUCUGCUUCUACCGCCUGGCUGACCGUGAGGUGUUGUUGCUGGCCGACAAGGGACAUGACGACCUGCACGUGGUGGACGUGCAGAGAGGUGUCGACUGGUGCGUGGCCUCACUUCCGGUACUGCGGCAGACGAACUGCUUGCCGAAGCCACGGCGCUCAACGUGGACCCAGAAACCGGUCUCUUAUGGGUCGGCUGCCGCGGAGGAAGAAUCCUAACCUGCGGGGAUACUGGAGUGCAAGUGGAGAGCAGCCUGAGAAAGGCCCUGGGUUGGCUGAAAAUAAAUUGAUACGGACCUGGAGUUCUGUAGACUCAUCCACUCUGGCAAACUACUGAAGUGCACGUUGUGCCAGAAGGCUUUAACGAUCUAAUAGUCACUCCUCAACUUCAGCGGUCAUCUGCGUGCAUGUUUUAUUGUGAAAAACUACCUAUAUAUGCAUGCUGUGUGUAGGAGGGGUGUCGGAGGCUGGCUUCUGAAAGACUACUACAGAAACCUACUCAAGUGGAGCUUAUGUGAGGGGGCUUCAGAAAGACCAUGACAGCAAACUUCUCUACUUUGCGAACUUUAGAAAGAUUACAACGGCAAACUUUUCACGUGCCUUUUGUGAAAGCGAAUUUCAGUGGGUUGUACAAACGCAUAUCUAUAACUGAGGUCAGCUUGAACAAUGAUGGGGGGAAAAAAAUAACAAAAACCAGGUCAGAUGACAAGACAAGACGCAUAUAAAGCCACUGAGAGCUAACGAUAAGUGUAACACGGUAUGACAAGAACGAUGGAUAAGACUGUUAUCUAAGUGUGUAGGGCAUAAUCGCACUUGUGGUACAUUAUCAAUAACACGUUGAAACGUG